CGGUCGCGCACGGGCCUGACUGCGGGGAGUGAGCCGCGCGGGCCGCCGUAGUCAGCUGCUGCGAGCAGGAAGUGUCCGAGUAGCGGGCGGAGUCUGCACGAUGGCACCGGACCCCUGGUUCUCCACAUACGAUUCUACGUGUCAAAUUGCCCAGGAGAUUGCUGAGAAAAUUCAACAACGAAAUCAGUAUGAAAGAAAAGGUGAAAAGACAACCAAGCUUACGGUGACAAUCAGAGCUUUGUUGCAGAACCUGAAGGAAAAGAUCGCCCUUUUGAAGGACUUAUUGCUAAGAGCUGUGUCAACACAUCAGAUAACACAACUUGAAGGGGAUCGAAGACAGAACCUAUUGGAUGAUCUUGUAACUCGAGAGAGACUACUUCUGGCAUCCUUUAAGAAUGAGGGUGCCGAACCAGAUCUAAUCAGGUCCAGCCUGAUGAGUGAAGAAGCUAAGCGAGGAGCGCCCAACCCUUGGCUCUUUGAGGAGCCAGAGGAAACCAGAGGCUUGGGUUUUGAUGAAAUCCGGCAACAGCAGCAGAAAAUUAUCCAAGAACAGGACGCAGGCCUUGACGCCCUCUCCUCCAUCAUAAGUCGCCAGAAACAAAUGGGGCAGGAAAUUGGGAAUGAACUGGAUGAACAAAAUGAGAUAAUUGAUGACCUUGCCAACCUAGUGGAGAACACAGAUGAAAAACUUCGCACUGAAACCAGGCGUGUGAACAUAGUGGACAGGAAGUCCACCUCUUGUGCCAUGAACAGUCAUCUUUCUUCUGCCCUCCCCAUCGUGGCCCUUGGUUAUAUAUAGUCCAUGUCACCUUGGAGGCCAAAGGAAUGCUGAGAUGAGGUGGGGGCAGAUGUGGCCUCCAGGACAACAGAGCGGCUCUCCACCCGAGCACCAGAAGGGGUGCUAGCGCUCCCCACUUUACUGAAAUACAUUGACAUGAAUUUUUCCACACUUUUGGUGACAUCGCGUGUCUGCUAUUUCAUCCUGCUUCUCCCACCACGACCUGGCCUCCUCUCCGUUUCAGCAACCAGCUGGUGGCCGGCACUCCGCAGCUCUCAGCCAGCACCAUGAUGAAGUGAAGCGGCCCCUCGUGCAGGCAGCAGCCAUCAGUUUAAGAAGCACACUUUCCGUGUGGGCGGAGGACGGGCAGGACGGGCCGUCUGAGGAGGAGCUGCUGGCCGAGCAGCAGCGCCCUGCUUCUCGCUUCCGAACAGCCCACGUGCGCCCACAGGCCAGGCAGGUGCCGGCUUGCUGGCUGGGGUACCCUGUCCUGGAAAGUGCUGGAGCCCAUUGACAAGUUCUUCCUCUCCAACUCUCCUUUUUCUACACUCCAUAAUAAGUCCCCUUUCUGUUUCCAGUUGUCAUUACAUCACCCUUCAUUCCAAC